ACUAUCCCAUUCAACGCCGAGAAAUUCUAGCAUUAGGUUCCCCAACGCGUUUUCCGACAACGCUACGCGAUUUAAGGCCUUGCUUCCCAUCCGUAGGCAUAGCUUGGUGGGAGGGUCUGCCAUGGCAGCCAAGGUGGUGAAGCUGGUUUCUAUUCCGGCAGCGCUGGGAUUGGCCUCCAUUAGAGUGUAUGCUUUAAGUGAAGAGAAGAAGGAGGAACUGUUCUCUCCGGAAGAGCUGUCCAUAUACGCGCCCCCCGCACAGCAGCUACGAUAUGUUAGCGAGCAGCCGGGCCUCCUGCAGAGGGGCUUCGGUGUGGUGCGAGUGGGACUGCAGCCCUACGUCCGGGCCGUUAAGGGCGCCUGCACUGCUGUCAAAGUCGGGGUUGUGAGUAUUUAUCAUGCAGGGCAAGAUACCUAUAACUUUCUGAGAGACCCACCACCUGGCUUUCUUCCAAGGGUUAGUGUUAUCACUGUCUCUGGAUUGGCCGGUCUGAUUCUGGCAAGAAAAGGGUCGCGCCUGAAAAAGCUGGGAGUGCCUCUGGGUUUGGCCACUGUGGGGACAGCCGUGUGUUACCCGUCACAGACAGUGGGGCUGCUGAAGGUGACAGGAAAGAAGACGUAUGCAGCCACACAGUGGACCACCUCGUCUAUUGCCUCCUUGUGGAGACCGCGCCCUGCCAAAGAUGCUGUUGCCCCUGCUGGCACUCCUGAGGCUGUAUCGAUCCCAGUCCCUGAACCUGAGGUGGCACCUGCAAAGCCUCAUCCUGAGGCUGAGCUGACAGAACCAGCCCUGCCUCCUGUAGAAGAGCCUGUUUCUCUGCCCCCCUUAGAAGAGACUCCUCCACUGGCUGCUCUGGAGGCUGAGGCUGCUUCUGCCCCAGCACCUGCAGAGGACCUGUCCCCUGUAGAAGAGCUUCCUCCUGUCCCUAAACCUGAACUGGCCCCUGUUGCAGAGUCUGCCCCUGAGCCUGUUGCAGAAACUACCCCUGAACCUGCCCCUGAGCCUGUCGCCAAACCUACCCCUGAACCUGCCCCUGAGCCUGUGCCUGAGCCUACCUCUGAACCUGUCCCUGAGGCUGAGGCCGAACCUACCUCUGAACCUGUCAUCGAACCCGCUCCUGAACCUGCCCCUGAGCCUGUCGCUGAACCUACCCCUGAACCUACCCCUGAACCUACCCCUGAACCUGCCCCUGAGCCCAUCACUGAACCUGCCCCUGAACCUGUCGCUGAACCUGCCCCUGAGCCUGUUGCUGAACCUACCCCUGAACCUGCCCCUGAGCCUGUCGCUGAAUCUUCCCCUGAACCUGGCCCUGAGCCUGUUGCUGAACCUACCCCUGAACCUACCCCUGAACCUGCCCCUGAGCCUGUCGCUGAACCUACCCCUGAACCUGCCCCUGAGCCUGUCGCUGAACAUACCCCUGAACCUGCCCCUGAGCCUGUUGCUGAACCUACCCCUGAGCCUGUCGCCGAAAUUGCCCCUGAGCCUGUCGCCGAACCUGCCCCUGAGCCUGUUGCAGAACCUACCCCUGAACAUGCCCCUGAGCCUGUUGCCGAACCUGCCCCUGAGCCUGUUGUCGAACCUACCCCUGAACCUGCCCCUGAGCCUGUCACCGAACCUGCCCCUGAGCCUGUUGCGGAACCUACCCCUGAACAUGCCCCUGAGCCUGUUGCCGAACCUACCCCUGAACCUGCCCCUGAGCCUGUCGUCGAACCUGCCCCUGAGCUUGUUGCUGAUCCUACCCCUGAACCUGGCCCUCUGUCUGUCGCCGAAACUACCCCUGAACCUGCCCCAGAGCCUGUUGCCGAACCUGCCCCUGAGCCUGUUGCCGAACCUUCCCCUGUGACUGUUGCCGAACCUUCCCCUGUGCCUGUUGCCGAACCUGCCCCAGAGUCCGUCACCGAACAUACCCCUCCACCUGCUCCUGAGCCUGGCACUGAACCUACCCCUGAACCUGUUGCAGAACCUGCCUCUGAGCCUGCUGCUGAAGCUGCAACUGAGCCUGCCCCUGAAGCUUCCUGUCAGACUGAACCUACCCCUGAACCAGUUACAGAGCCUCUUUCUGAACAUGCUCCCAAACCUGACCCUGCCCCUGAAACUUCCCCUGAAGCUAUCACCAAACAUAUCCCUGAACCUGUCACUGAAUCUGCCUCUGUACCUCAACCUGCCCCUGAACCCACCCCUGAAUCUGCCCCUCAAAUGGAGCCCAUCACUGAUCCAGCACCUGCUCCAGUAGAGAAGCCUGCAUCCCCAGAGCCACAGCCUGAAGAUGCCCCUCUGACUCCAUUAACAGAGGUAAUGCUUCUGCCUCCUCUCCCUGGUGCCACACCCCCUCCUCCUGCAGAAGUCACACUCCUGCCUGCUCCCUCUGGAGAGGAGGCCACACCUCCUCCCCCUGCAGAGGAGGCCACAACCCCUCCCCCUGCAGAGGAAGCCACACCUCCUCCCCCUGAAGAUUCCACACCCCUUCUCCCUGCAGAGGAGGCCACACCCCCUCCCCCUGCAGAGGAAGCCACACCCCCUCCCCCUGCAGAGGAGGCCACACCUCCUCCCCCUGAAGAUUCCAUACCCCUUUUCCCUGCAGAGGAGGCCACUCCCCCUCCCCCUGCAGACGAAGCCACACCCCCUCCCCCUGCAGAGGAGGCCACACCCCCUCCCCCUGCAGAGGAGGCCACACCCUCUCCCCCAACCCCUGCAGCAGAGACGACCUCUCCUGCCCCUGCCAUUGUAGAGGAAAUGGCACCUCCACCCCUUCCCCUUGUAGAAGAGGCUUCCCUGCUCUCCCCUGGUCCUGCUGAGGACCCUUCCCUCUUGCCUGCUGAUUCCACCUCCCUGGAGCCACUCCCUGUCAUCUCCGAGAAGCUUGGAUUCACCCCUGACCCCAAACUGAUGGACCACGGGCAGGCCAGCCCUGAAGACGCUGACCUGUACAGCACGCGUGGCUGAACGCUCAAAGAGGAAAGAGAGAGCGGAAGGAAGGGGUCGGGUACUCCGCACCGUUUAUAUCACGCAGCAGUACAUUACGUGUUAUACCGCACCUGAGUUAUGCCUGUUUUAUUAUUAUUGUUUUUUUCCCUUUAGUUACUGUGAAUGCCUGCGCGCACACGUUUACUGUCCUACCUUGUCUGUGUUCGUCCGGAGGAGCCCAGGGCUCACAGCCGUGUCUGAAGGGAUCAAUCGUAUUUGUGCCGUUAUUCCAAACAGCUGCCACCCCCGGGUUAGCACUUCUCACUGGUAGUAUCCGUUUAUUCAUGCGUGUUGCAAUUAUUAUUUUUUUU